CCGGUGGUGGCGGCGGCGGGGGAAGAGGAAGAAGACCCUGCGAGUCGGGAGGCGAACUGGCUGCGGUGAAGCCGAUGGUGGGAGUAGGAGGAGGAGGAAGAAGAAGAAGAGGAGACGAAGGAGGAGGGGGUGUGAGGCGACAUGGACGCGAUCUUUCACGAGAAGCAAGAGGGCUCGCUGUGCGCCCAGCACUGCCUCAACUCACUGCUGCAGGGCCCUUACUUCACCGCUGUGGACCUGUCCACGCUUGCCGUGCAGCUGGACGAGGCUGAGCGCCUGCGCAUGGCCGAGGGGGGAAUCACGUCACAGGAGUAUCAGCGUUUCAUGGAGCAACCGUCAGGAAACAUGGACGACAGUGGGUUUUUUUCCAUACAGGUGAUUAACAGCGCUCUGGGAGUAUGGGGGCUGGAAAUGGCGCCCGUGAAUGCACGGCACUUCCAGCGGUCGCACAUCGAAUUGCUGAAGGAAAUGGCGUUCAUCUGCAAUUACAAAGAGCACUGGCUCACGGUCCGGAAGCUGGGAAACCAGUGGUUCAACCUGAACUCGCUGCUGUCAGGCCCUGAGCUGAUCUCCGACACCUACCUAUCGCUGUUCCUGGCACAGCUGCAACAGGAGGGCUAUGCGAUAUUCGCGGUGCGCGGAUCCUUCCCGGAGUGCGAGGCGGACCAACUGCUGCGGCUCAUGCCGGCCGUGCAGAACGAGCGGCCCCGGCUGCUGAGCGAACUGGCGGCGUCCGGGAGCGGCAGGAGGGCGGCGGAGUCGCACAGGUGGGGCUUUGGCCCGGCGGGAAGAGGAGCUGGUCUGAGCAUCACACCACACAUAAUGCGACUGCUCGGAACCCUGGGGUUGGUGGAUCGCCCAAGGAGGGGCGAAGCGUCUCGGCAAGGAGACACAAAAAGCACGAAAAUGCAAAAACAGGAAAUAAACGACCUGGAGCAGGCGAUGGCCGACAGCCAGGCGCACCCGGGCGGGCCGUCGGGGGCGGCCGAGUCGGAGAGCACGGAGGAGCGCGAAAAUCUGCGUCGGGCGCUGGAGAUGAGCCAGCAGCAGAUGGACGAGGAGGACGAGCAGGCGGACCUGCGCCGCGCCAUCCAGCUCAGCAUGCAGGGCGCCUCGCGCCACCACGCGCUGCUGCCAGACCCCAGGGCAGAGGGGGUCCCGCCAAGGCCAGCCCCGUUAGCUGAGCCAGAGGCCCUUGAUGCUGAGGAGCUGCGUAGGAAGCGCCAGAUGUUCUUCGAAAAGCAGCAGCAGCAGCAGCAAAAGGAGGAAUCGGAGGGAUCGAUGACUCCGGAUCUGUGUGCCGAGGGCAGCCUUGCCUCCUCGUCAUCACCCGAAGAGGAGCCUCGUGCUCCGCAGCACGGCAAGCCAGGAGCGUGCGCACAAACAACUGGAAAACUUCAUCAUUGGACAUCCUUUGCCAGCACCAAAAUAUAAUAAUAGGGGUUUUCCCCUUUUUUCUGGCAACAAAACUGAAACUUUUUUUUUACAAGGAUUCAUGUCUGCAUUAACCACAAUACUUGCAGACAAAAUACAAACAAAAAACACACUGAUAAUAUAUGCAUUGUCCUUGAAACUUAGUUUCAGGGCAGCCUUGCCUCCUCGAAACUUAGUUUUAAGGACAAUGCAUAUAUUAUCAGAGUGUGUCUUUUGUUUGCAUUUUGACUGCAAGUAUUGUGGUUAAUGCAGACAUGAAUCCUUGUAAAAAAAAUGUUUCAGUUUGUUGCCAGAAAAAAGGGGAAAACCCCUAUUAUUAUUAUUAAACUGGAAAACUAUCGUAGGACUUGUGUGUAGGCAGCUGUUCCCUUCGGCGUGAGUAGAAACCCCCAUCCCACAUCUCCCUUGCGUUUGUGGUGUUGCGCUUUCUGCUGCACGAAGAAGCCGGCUUAAUUUCUGGCUACUCACUCGCUCGUUGGCGUGUUCAUUUGUUUGUUGUUUAUUUUUCAUUUGAAAAAUCCUGUUUUGCUUUAGAAGCUUAAACAGAAGGCCCUGUAAUGGUUUGUCGAAUAUUCUUUUAAAAUGAAUUUUGAUGCUUCCAAUAAUACAUCGAAUUGUGUGUAUUGAGAGUUGACUAUGAGCUUUUCAUGUAUUGUCUUUGUUUGGACAUGGAAAUCACAGAGGUUGAAUCUUGAAUUGUGAUCAGAAAUGAUGCACUUCACCAAAUAAUAGGUUACUGGUGGAUCGUUCUAUAUUUUUGUAUGUACAUAAUAAUUCAGGGUCUGCGGCUGGCACAUUAGAGGCUCUGUAUGCCUUUCCACCGUCAAUGAUAACAACUGUGUCCAAUACCUCUUGAAUACAGAGACAUCUCUGCAUGCAUUAUUAUUGAGUCACAACAGGGCAUCGCCUUGAAUACAGCUAGGCAUGGAAUGAUCAAGAUGGGAAACAAUGUAAAUUCUGGAAUCAUCUUUUUUUGACUAGCUUUGAUUUGUUUUGCUCCAUUAACCUUAAGGAUAACGUUUGUUUUUAAAUUGCAUAACAUUCGCACACAUCCUAAAUUAUUUAUUCUUAUGCGGACACCGUGCUGCAUGUAUCACGAGCACAGGAGUCGGUUUUAAUCGAUGCAUUCUUACAUAUAUAUCUAUACAGCGUACGUUUAAAUAAAAUGAAUACAGUUUAAAUACAUUUUUCGUACAAAAGAAAAAGGGCACUGGCUCGGAGGGGAGGUCUGUGAAUGGGGGUCUCUCUUGCCGCAAUCGACAUAAAAGCGUGCGGAGCUCCAUCCUCGAAUCGGGCGCAGGUGUAAGGCUGGAAGCACAGACAGCGGGAGGUGUUUAAUGGGAUCGGAGGUGCAAUUCGUUGGUAACUACAGUCGCGGUGCCGCUCGGUGUGUAUUGAAAUCCAUACAAUCUGUCAGCUCGUUUGCAGACCUUUGUACACGCACGAACAGCGAGAUAUCCAUUUGAUGCCAUUGAUCUGAUGUGUUUGUAUUAUGCGUGUAAAUAUGCUUUCUAACAAAAAUAAUAUAUAAAUGCACCUGCUGAUGCGUGUAUGUGUGCGGUGUCAUGUCUGCAUUGCAUAUACAUGAUGUGAUUAACAGAGGACAUGAAUGUGGGGCACUUAUUAGGGCCACCCUGAUGAAAGCCGUUUUUGUGAAAUGUAUAAUUUUUCUUCCUCUGCACGAUGAACAUUGUACCCUCACUAAAAAUAGCACACUGCCAAGUGCGCACAAGCAUGGCACUGUGUACACAGGAAUAAUCACAAUUUAAAUAUUAAUGAGCAUUGGUCAUUUUAAUUCUAAUUGAUUUCCAAGGCCACUUAAAAUGUAAAUUUUAAGUUUGGUGAUCCGUGGUACAAAUGUUUCCCCCGUAACUAUCGCGACCACGUAACUGUAUUGUCCACCUCCGAGUGUCACUAAUUAUCGUUUGCUAUUUAUACAAUUUUUGUACAGCCUGGCAGUACCCACAAGCAUGACUGUUAGGAUUAUUCUCUGGAUGCCCACCAGGUUGGGAAAAUAAAUAUUAAUUUGGAAGGUUGCCCCGUCACUGAUAGGCCUCUUAUCCCUACAAAAGUGUGUGUGACUCUUCUUUGCUCAGUUUAUUUUUUUAUUUGGCUGACCAGAGGCUGCUGGUGUGUUAACCAGCUCCUCUUUUGUUAUUUCCUUCCCUUUCUGUUAUGUAUAAUAGGGCUUGUCCCCAGGGGUAGGCCCUAGGGUCUGGCAGAUCACUGUGGUUUGUGCCAACUGUUUGGGAACUAAACGCCACAUGUCCUCUUGCCCUGCGUGAUGGACCCUUGCCAUCGGUCACAUGACAGGCCUGGUAGGAGUGUCACGCACGCAAGGCGGCCCGUUCCUCGGCCAGGGGUCCACCCCCAAUGCCUCUGGUGGUCUCGUCUGGCAUGAGUCCCCGAUGUUGCCGGUGGUCCAGUUGGGUGGCACAGCUGCAGUACGGCCCUUCGGUCACUGUGAGUUGGAAGCAGCUUCUCGGGCAGGCUGGACCAGUGGGAGUCAGAGGAGGCAAUGGCCGAAGUUGCUCCUGUACCCUCAGGCCUGUGGCCCAGGAGAAAUCCAGCAGCGACGUCCUAGCAUUCUAGAGCCCUGGCUAUUGUCUGAGGAGACCUGCUGACAACUGCCCCCUGAGCCCAGGGGUGAGGCAGCGGUCUGGGGAGCCUGGUCGGUGGUACCUAACAGUUCUUUCUUGUGGUUGCUGCAAAAAUCCAUCUUUACAUAAGUACUAAAUAUUGUAUUAUUGUGUGUGUAUAUUAAAAAAAAAUCAUUUUGUA